ACUUAUAACUUUGCAUUUUUUGGCUUAUUUUGGAUGCAAUGAAAACAGGCCAACUUGUAGAGAUAUUUCUUGGCAAGCGAGUAAGAUGAUUGGCGCUGGUGGGCGCCGCGCGCGGUGACGCACAUGAGCCGUCAGCGCGCGCGGCAGUUUGAUUUGACUAGUAUUCGUAUCCAUAGCGACCGCGAAGUAUGGCCGCUCGAUUAACAGUUUGCUGCGAAUGACACCUACGCAACAAGAAGAUAGUCGAGUGCGUGGAAGGCCAGCUCAGCUAAUCCAGAAGCCUGCCUCCACGUUUCAUUCCCAAAUGCGAUAAAAAUGAUGACCGAUUCCAGUGGCGCACAAAUACAUCCUCCUUAUAAUCCACUAUGUAAUAAGAGCUACAAGAAUUGACAAAUCUCAACAGCGAAGAUGAAUCGAUACAUAACUUUGAAUCAGUUGGGUGACGGGACCUUUGGUUCUGUCGUUCUCGGGGAACGCAUUGAUACGGGUGAGAAGGUGGCCAUAAAGAGAAUGAAGAGAAAAUAUUAUUCUUGGGAAGAAGCCAUGAAUCUGCGAGAAGUCAAGUCAUUGAAAAAGCUUAGUCACGCAAACGUCGUAAAACUGAAAGAAGUUAUACGGGAGAACGACGUGCUGUAUUUCGUAUUUGAAUACAUGAAGGAAAAUCUUUAUCAACUAAUGAAGGACAGAGAGAAACUGUUUCCCGAGCCGGUAAUAAGAAAUAUGGUAUAUCAAGUAUUGCAAGGUCUCGCUUUCAUGCAUAAGCAUGGUUUCUUUCAUCGCGACAUGAAACCGGAAAAUCUCUUGUGUAUGGGUCCCGAUUUAGUAAAGAUUGCUGAUUUCGGACUAGCGAGAGAGAUCCGAUCGAGACCACCAUACACGGACUACGUAUCAACAAGAUGGUAUCGGGCACCGGAAGUCUUGCUACAUUCCACGACUUAUAACAGCCCGAUUGACAUUUGGGCCGUCGGUUGUAUAAUGGCUGAAUUAUAUACGUUUAGGCCCCUCUUUCCAGGCAAAAGUGAGAUCGAUGAAAUAUUUAAAGUAUGCUCUGUAAUCGGAACACCCGAUAAAGAAGAUUGGCCAGAGGGAUUCCAAUUAGCCACAGCUAUGAAUUUCAAAUUCCCCAAUUUUACGCGUACAUCAUUGUCCGUGUUGAUACCGAAUGCCAGUCAAGAGGCAGUUAUACUCAUGGAAGAUAUGUUACAGUGGAAUCCUAUUAAGAGACCAACAGCGCAGCAAUCGCUCAGGUAUCCAUAUUUUCAAGUCGGCGACCCACGUAUCAUGAAUAGUAAAAAGAUUGGUGUCGUAUCUCAACGAGAACUCGUUAUGAACAAAAUGAAUCUUCCACCUCCCGCGCCUAAGCAGUAUAAUUACUCUCAAGAAGAGCUUGUCGUUAGCAGCCUAGUUGAAUCGAGAGCACCAGAACAGAUGCUCGUUGAGACACAACAGCAGCCGGCGGCCUUGCCGUUGCUAAAUCACAAUAAACGCGAUAGCAAUGCCUCUAAAUGGGACGAGGACGACUUGGCCGAUAUUCUAGGAAGCAAAAUCAUCCCAGAAAAUCCAAGCGCGGCGCUCAUCCCAAAUCGCGUCUACAAAGAAAAUCGUGCCAAUUGGAAUGCCAGCUAUCAGCAAUCCGACAAUUCGUAUGGCAAUGCGAAUUGGCCUGUACCAACGUGGAAGGAAUCACCGUCGAGAUUGUGGAAUCAGUCAAACCAAUCCAACCAGGUGAAAAACUCGCGUAAGGUUUCGGCGAAACAGCACUACCUCAGUGUGGCUCGGUACGUCGCAGGCCAGACCACAAAUUUGCCAUCCAGAAAUGAGGAUUCCGAUAUCAACCGGUCUAAACUGCUAUUAAAUGGAUUCAUCGAUCAGGCAACAUCCAACAAAUAUGAGGAUUUUACAGGGUCCUUUUGGGGGUCUAGGAAUAAUAUUGAGAAUCAAACAAGGCAACAUUAUCUCGCGCGAAACCGUUAUAUCACCGAACAAAGCUUGAGAUUACCUUACCCCAGUGUGUACGGUACCCAAAAUAUCAAGACUACAAAUAGGCCUAUGUUUCAACCAAAUUUUGGGAAUGGUUUCAACACGAAAGCCAGCAGUGGGCCUCACGGCCGAACAGAUUGGGCAGCGAAAUACCUCAAAUGACCGUUGUAAAGAGAUUUCUUCUCCUUUUCAAAUCAAAAAUUUUAUCGUCGUGGUCCUUAUUUCUUUAUUAAGGCGAAUUUUAACUGUGAUAGAACGAUUGUUGUCGUUCCAUUGUGACAGACACACACCAGUAGGAAGAACACGCUUUUCUCUCCAAGUGAGCUUUUACGAAAGUAAAAUCGCGCUUUAAUUGUGAAGCGUGACAUAUCGAAUAGUAGAACGAAAUCGUCACGGUAUUGUUAAAUUGCAGCAUUUUCAUAUAAUCCAAGUUCUAGAAACGGUUAUAUACCCAUACAGCACGCAUGUCUAAAAGACAUCUUUAAGGCAUCUUUAAGUCGUCUUUUAGACAUACAUAUCUAAAAGACGACUUAAAGAUGUCUUUCAGACAUGCGUGCUGUAUGGGAUAGAUUGCUGUCAUCCAUGUUAGUUGAUCAUAUAUGAAAAAGUUUAAUUUUAUGAGAAACAAAUGAUAUGGAUGGAACGCGAUCGUGUAUAUAGAUUUAUAAGAUACAUUAUGUUAUAUACAUAAUAUAUAUAUACAUACACACACUUGUGUAUACAUGUAUGUAUGUUUAUAUAUUUUUUGUUUGUACAUAUUAAUUGUAUGCGGCGUGAUCUUUUUGUGACAUUUGAUUGUAAUAUGAUUUUCGAGAAUCAUAUGGAUUGUAUAACAGUAUAUCGUAGGGUAUAUCAAUCGUAAUAUUUAUUCAGUGUAGAAUCAAUGCCAAAGUCACGCCGUAUCAUAUAUAAUAAAAUGUACGCAGAUAUGGUAUUAGAAUGAAAAAUAUAAUAUA